AUGGCCGCCGCCGCUGCAGCUCCCGCAGGCACCUUCAUGCCGGGAACGAAGGUGCAGGUUGGAAACCACCGGGUCGUCAUAGAGAAAUACCUCUCCGAGGGAGGAUUUGCGCACGUCUAUGUCGUUCGGCUUCCACAGCCCGUCGAUGGCUCUGAAACCGCCGUACUAAAACGGGUCGCCGUCCCCGAUAAAGCAGCCCUGGCCAAUAUGCGCACAGAGGUCGAGACGAUGAAGAGAUUGAAAGGUCAUCGGCAUAUCGUCACAUACAUCGAUUCACAUGCAUCGCAGCUGAAGGGAGGCGGCUUUGAAGUGUUCUUACUCAUGGAGUUCUGCGCCGGUGGUGGAUUGAUUGAUUUUAUGAACACGAGACUUCAGAAUCGUUUGACCGAGCCAGAGGUCUUGAAGAUAUUCACGGAUGUGGCGGAGGGCGUUGCCUGCAUGCACUAUCUAAAACCCCCUUUAUUGCACAGGGAUUUGAAGGUGGAGAAUGUGCUUAUUUCACUUAAUGGCUCGUCGUACUGCUACAAACUCUGCGAUUUUGGAUCUUCAGCGUCUCCGCGGCCGCCUGCAUCAUCAGCGGCAGAGGGGCGCUUGAUCGAGGACGACGUUCAACGGCACACGACCCUGCAGUAUCGUAGCCCUGAGAUGAUCGAUGUAUACCGGAAACAGCCGAUAGAUGAGAAGAGCGAUAUAUGGGCGCUGGGAGUAUUGUUGUACAAGCUCUGCUACUACACAACACCUUUCGAAGAGGUCGGCCAGAUGGCAAUUCUCAACGCAAGUUUUAAAUUUCCAGCAUACCCGCACUUCUCCGAUCGGUUAAAACUCUUAAUAGCGUCGAUGUUGAAGGAGCACCCGCAGAAUCGUCCAAACAUCUACCAGGUUUUGCGAGAGGCGUGUCACAUGCGAGGAAAGGACGUGCCCAUUCGUGAUAUUUAUUCCGGCCGUUCACAAUCCGAGGCUCGUCAGCAUCACAAGCUCCCAACGCCUGCCGAGACACCAAAAAUCGGUGCUGUAUUCUCUCCGCCUAUGCAAGAAACUCAAAUAAUACCAGACAUCGCUCCAAUGAGGAGAGGAAGGCCGUCGAAAGCUACUUCGGCUCAGCACUCCGCUAAGCCCAGCCCUUCACCUCUUCGAGCUGCAUCUCACGAUCCAUUUGCGGCGCUCGAUGGAGGGGCGAAACGGACACACCCUGACGAAUUGGCCUCGCGGUUUCCGACGCUGGACCAGUUUACUCUCAUACACGAAAAGAGUGGGAAGUUCGAAUUUGAACCCACUGUGUCUGCCGAUACAAAUAUACCGACAGAUGAUCUUUCUAAAAGAAUUACAAAUGCCCUUGCAGACGACGCAUUUGUCAAACCGGCCACUGCUCCUCCUCCCCACAGAAGCCCUGCCUUGGGUAUACAACCUACUAAAACCUGUCGCCCACUUUUGGAAGCGAAGACCACUCAGACAAAUAUUCUCCCCGAACGCUCUUCUCAACAAGUCCCAAUAUACCAGCCUGCACCCCAAAGGCCACUUAUGGUGUCCACCGGCACUAUGACUUCUCCAUCUCCCCCGCCGCGACCCGGAGAGAGUUCAUCGAUACCUUCCCGACCUGGACAUAGACUCUCCGAAGCGUCGCAGUCUAAACGACAAUCAUGGGAACAUGGCCUUAACAUACUGAGCAAAUCGCGGGAUAUUUUAGGAAGGCGAUCGUCAAGGAAUUUGUCCUCCGAGGAGUUGCCCAAAUCACCCGUAUCUUCCCGACCAUCCUUGGAAGGAUCCCGUCCGCAUGUGUUGGACGUCAAUGAUUCUUUGACCACUCGUUCUAAGUCCGCGAACGCAAAAUCCCGGCCGUCGAGUGCGUACGUUGGACCCAGAGUUGAAUAUCUCCGGGAUCGAGAUAGCUCGGCUUCUUCCUACGAUCCCGGCUCUCCGCGAGAGCCGGAUGAUGGUGCAGAGCUAUUGCGUCCGGUACGAUCCGGGGCCGAUCGCAAUAUAUCAUCUGAUGUUGAUUAUCUACGAGCCAAAGAAGAAGAAGAACAAAGUCGCAAGCAAGAGAAGCGCUCAAGCACGGGGUCUAAGCAUAUCAAACGAUCAAGUUUAUCGUCAUUAUCCUUAUCUGGAACGAAGACGCUAUUCGCUGGUCGGUUUGGCGAUGCUUUCCGUCGAUUCGAGAAUAAUGCGCCCCAGGAGAUCAUGGGCCUGUCGUCGGAAGAGAGGAACGCUGAUCUGAGCCCUAUCACGGGGUCAGAAGUUGCUGAUAUGAGCGAUGACGGCCGAGGAUUCAAUGAGGAAGACUUGUCUCCUGAGACACGCCGAGAGCUCGAACGCCGUCGGUUAUCUCAAGAGGAAAAACGAGUUGCGCAUGCCGCGGCCGAAUAUCGUCAGAGAGUGGCGGAGAAAGGAGGUCUGGGUGGAUCAGCGGAAGGAGGUAGAUCAUCAACCAUACAGAACAAGGUCCAGUCCCUCCUCCGAGAAAAUACGAAACCCUCGAUUAGAACUGCCUCGGGCUAUGGUCGUUAUACUGAUGCCGAAUCUGCUUUGCAGGCAAAGCAGUUUGAAAGGUCACUCCCUGAAAGGCCAGCGCCUGUUUCUACGCGAAAGCCUGUGCAUUCUCCAAAUAAGGAGCUUAGCUCAAGACCGACAUCCAAAGACACGAGUACAGCUGGCGGUUUUACGCCACAGUGCGAUCAGCCCCAGUCACCACAAUCACCCUUCCCAGCGCGCUCCGGACCGCGCCCAGUCGCGCCUCCAAAGCCAAAGAAUCUCCGCAGCCAUGCUGACACAUCCAUUGACCCAGACAUGGAAGGACAUUCAUCUAUGGACCACAAACCCUCCACCACAAAAGAAGACUGGGAAAUCAGUUUCAGUCGACGCUAUCCGAGUCUAUCUGGACUUGAAUUGGUUGAAACGGAAAUAGAUUUACCCCCGACUGCCACCAAGGUACCGCUGGUACGCACGAAGGAAGUAUAGGUGAUGAUCCUGUGAUAUACAUACAUACAUAUUUAUAUCUGUUGUGCAUUAUGUGAGGG